AUGUUUACUACUAAGUCCCGUCAUGAGUCAAUAGCAAGCGCCUUUUCAAACUGUAAGCAACAAUCUGAUUUAAAAGCACUGAAAACUGAUCAGUACCCAACUGAAAAUCAUGGGGAAGAAGAUGGAUAUGGGGAAGAAGAAAUUCAAAAUCUCUGCAAAAGGUUUAAGCUUAACAACACCAAAAUAUCAAACUGCUUUCGAGGUUAUGUCGAGGCCAAUUCACCUUCAAGAGUACCAAAAGAUCUCAUUUCGAUGUUGAACUGCACUAAACCGAUUCCAUGUAGUUCGUCAGAAUGUGAACGAAGUUUUAGUCUCAUAAGCGAGAUAAUGACUGAUUUGCGAACUAGAUUCUUAACCAGACAUGUUUCAAGCCUUAUAUUUAUAAAACAGCAUAUACCAAGUAUAAACGAGUGA